UUGGAGCUGUACCGCGGGGGCUGAUGGGAUUGCUCCGCCGCUGGUGUGGACAUGUCCGCCAUGUUUUCCACGGCGCAGGUAGCAGAGCAACCCGCACAAACGGCCCCAACGUCCCGUUAAACCCGCACACUGAUGAGUCCUCCCGCCCGUUACCGGAGCAGCGGACACCGAUGAGCUCUACCGUGGCGGACCAAGCCCCGUGCGGAGCGGAUUCACGUCGGUAUCGGCGCGGCUUUGUGGCGGAUCGUCGCUGAUUUGGCGCAAACAAUGAGUAAACUCUCGUUCCGGGCGCGAGCGCUAGACGCCGCCAAACCGCUGCCGGUUUACCGCAACAGAGACCUGCCGGACCUGACCGACUGCGUGUCCAUUAACCGGGCCGUGCCGCAGAUGCCGACCGGGAUGGAGAAAGAAGAGGAGCUGGAGCACCACCUACAGAGGGCGAUCUCAGCCCAGCAGGUGUUCAGGGAGAAGAAGGAGAACAUGGUGAUCCCGGUCCCUGAAGCAGAGAGUAAUACCACAUACUACGACCGUCUGUACAAAGGAGAGGUCAAAGUCCCUAAACAGCUGAUCCACAUUCAGCCUCUGGGUUUGGACCUGGAGCAGCCCGACUAUGACAUGGACUCAGAGGAUGAGACACUGCUCAACAGACUAAACAGAAAGAUGGAGAUCAAACCUCUGCAGUUUGAAACCAUGGUGGACCGACUGGAGAAGGCCAGUACACACCAGCUCGUGUCUCUGACGGAGGCCAAGGUUCUGCUGAAUGAGGAUGACUACCUGCUAAAGUCGGUGUAUGAUUACUGGGUAAGGAAGAGGAAGAACUGUCGAGGUCCAUCACUGGUUCCUCACAUCAAACAGGAGAAAAGAGACGGAUCCACCAACAACGACGCCUACGUGGCCUUCAGACGCAGAACCGAGAAGAUGCAGACCAGGAAGAACCGUAAGAACGAUGAAGCAUCCUACGAGAAGAUGCUGCGACUGAGGAGAGAAUUCAGUCGGACUGUCACCAUCCUGGAGAUGAUCAAGAGGAGGGAAAAGUCCAAGAGGGAGCUGCUGCACCUCACACUGGAGGUGGUGGAGAGGAGGUAUCAGAUGGGAGAUUUCAGUGGAGAUGCUCUCAGAGAAGUGUCUCUCCCUCUACUGGAGAAACCAGCGUACUGCACUGCAGUUAGUCUGAACAACAACAACAACAGACACAGAACUGACAUCAAGGCUAAGAUGUAUAAGAAGCAGGACUCCAUCAGAGACGAAAUUCCCUUCGACCCAAUCGGACCAAAGAAGAAGAACAUAAGGCGGGAGCGUUUGUAUCCUCCACAGAGACGUCCCGGUCGACCCCCUGGUCCGUUCACCGUCAACAAGGCCGACAUCAAACAGUACGAUUUCCACAGCUCUGGAGAGGAAGACAGUCCACCUCCACCGCUGUCUCCUCCGUCUUCAGCGGAUGAAGAAAAUAAUCCUGAUGGAAUAUUUGCGUUCAGGAGAAAAUCUGGAUGUCAGUACCUGUCUCCCUGUAUGGAACAUGCAGGUGGAGUGGAUCAUCCACAGCUUGUCUCUCAGCGUCUCCAUCACUCUUUGACUGAACUGACGCUGCUGCCUCAUUGGACAGGACUGGGCCGACGCAGGAUAGGACGAGGCGGCAGGAUAAUCUUGGACAGAGCCUCGACAAGUCUGGAUCCAGUACUGAAGCAGAUGGACUCCCUAACACAACCACUCUGCAGGACCAGUACCAGUACCUGCCUCCUCAAUGACCCAGAAAAACUGGAGCAGAAACCCUCCCUGACCUCAGGAAACACGACCCCCUCCCUGACUGAAGUCCUGUAUAACAUUCAGACCUUGAGGAGGUUCUGCUACAGACCCAGACCAGUUCAGGACCAGAGAGGGGGAGGCAGAAGGAUCACAGGGUCCUCUGUGGAGGACAGCCGACUCACUCGCUGUCUGUCACCUGGAUCAGGUGGCAUCACAGAGGAGCAGUAUCACUGUCAUCAUCAGCAACUGGUCCAGAUGCAGAAACAACAGCUGGAACUACAGAACAACAUGUCUUUAUAUAGGCACCCUGCACUGCACCAAACACAGUCCACCAGGUCCAGUUCGAAGACUUUGGACUCAGCUCGGGCUCAAUUUGCAGCCUCUGCUGUGAUCAGCGCUCCUCCACCUCAUGGUCACGUGAACUGCGAGAACAAACCCUACAAGACCAGCAUCAACGGAGUCCACCACUCUUCAGGUCCCUCCAGGCCUCCGUACUCUUCCUCCUCGUCUCUCAGCAGGUUGGGGUUCUCCUCCUCUUCCUCCCCUCAGUCCCUUCCCAACCAGAGAAGCCAGGUGGGAGCCGUCUCCCCUGCCCACUCCCACGCCGCUCGACCCUCCGCACCCCCAACGUCUGCCUUAAAGCUUGCCACUGUCGCCGCCAGCCUCGACCGCGUGCCCAAAGUUUCCACCGCCAGAGACUCUCAUGAACCGGAGAGACUGUUGAACGGACUGUCAGAGACCACGCUGCCCAUGGAGGUCACAUAACAUCGUCUCCCAUCACACCCUGCUCCUCCUCCCAUCAUGCCCUGCUCCUCCUCAGUGUCUGACCGGUGAAUGUGACACGCCGUGACCUCCAGAAGAUGAUUGCUUCAGAAUCAGAACAUUUUACUGAGUGGAAAUUAUUAUCAUCAUUAUUAUUAUUAUCGUUGUUGUUGUACAGUUUGUAAAUGUCUUUGAUGUAAAAUAGAUUUUGUUUUCAUCAGUUUAGUUUCUGAAAAUCAUGUGACUGCAGAAUUGGUUGAGAAUAAGUCCUUGCUCUGAUUCGUCCAUGGUGAGUCUGUAUCCUGGCUCUGAUUCGUCCAUGGCGAGUCUGUAUCCUUGCUUUGAUUGGUCCAUGGCGAGUCUGUAUCCUGACUCUGAUUGGUUAUUUAUUUUUUAAUGUUUACAUUUUGUAUUUCUUUCAAAUCAGAACUUGAGGCUCGUUUAUUUCCCAAAGAUGGAAUUAAUUGAAUUUUUCAGAUUUAAAGAUGUUUUUGUGACGUCAGGAUUUAUUUGAUCUUUUUUAACGAAUGUCUUCAUGGUCGAUUGAUCAUUUAAAGCCACAUGAAAAUAAAAUAUGCAUCCUGUAAAAAGAGACGUGGACCUGCAGCUGCAGCAGUUUUUUAUAUUUUUAAACUCGUCAAACAGAGGCUGAUCAGACGUGUGUGAACUGAAGCUCUGACAGGUUUCUGUUGGAUUUCUUUUGUCGGUGUGAAUCAUGUAAAGAAAUGUUUGUCGGCUUGUUCACACACUCUGUUCACUCCGUUUGUUUCAGAUAUAAAAUGCUGAGAAAUAAAAAUGCUUUGACAGACUGA